AUGUCUGUAGUCGGCGUUGAUUUGGGAACGCUCAACAGCGUCAUUGCUGUUGCGCGGAAUCGCGGUGUCGAUGUGAUUGCAAAUGAAGUCUCCAACCGCGCGACACCGUCGCUAGUAGGCUUUGGCCCAAAGAGCAGAUACAUUGGCGAGACCGCAAAGAACCAAGAAAUCUCCAACCUCAAGAACACCGUCUCUUCCUUCGUCCGUCUCGCCGGCCGCAACCUCCAAGAUCCCGAUGUCCAGGUCGAGCAAAAAUUCGUGUCGGCGCCGCUCGUCGACAUGGGCGGCCAAGUGGGCGCUGAGGUGACAUAUCUGGGCAAAAAGGAGCAGUUCACCGCUACCCAGAUCACAGCCAUGUUCCUUACCAAGAUGCGCGCCACAGCUUCUGCCGAACUCAAACUUCCCGUCAACGAUGUCGUCCUCAGCUGUCCCGUGUGGUACACUGACUCCCAGCGUCGGGCUAUCCUCGACGCUGCAGAGAUCGCCGGCCUCAAGUGCCUUAGGUUGAUCAACGACAACACAGCAGUCGCUCUCGGCUGGGGCAUCACAAAGCUCGACCUCCCGGCUCCGGAGGAGAAGCCGCGGAGAAUUGUCUUUGUCAACAUUGGACACAGCAACUACACCGCUACCGUGGUUGAGUUCAAGAAGGGCGAGUUGGCUGUCAAGUCGAGCGCCUGGGACCGACACUACGGUGGACGCUACAUCGACCAGGCUCUCGUUGAGCACUUCGCCAAGGAGUUCAAAGAAAAGUACAAGAUCGAUGUCAUGGAGAACGGAAAGGCACGUCUUCGUCUGGCUGCCGGUGUCGAGAAGCUCAAGAAGGUUCUCUCCGCCAACAACCAGGCCCCCAUCAACGUCGAGUCUAUCAUGAACGACGUCGAUGUACGCGGUAUGCUGAAGCGUGAUGAGCUCGAGGAGCUGAUCAAGCCCCUCAUCGACCGUGCUACCGCCCCUAUCGAACAGGCCUUGGCUGAGGCUGGUCUCACCACUGCCGACAUCGACGCCGUCGAAAUGGUUGGUGGCUGCACACGUGUUCCUGCCCUCAAGACCAAGAUCCAGGACUACUUCGGCAAGCCCCUCUCCUUCACUCUCAACCAGGACGAAGCCGUCGCCCGUGGAUGUGCCUUCUCCUGCGCCAUCCUUUCCCCUGUUUUCCGUGUCCGCGACUUUGUUGUCCACGACAUGGUCAACUACCCCGUUGAAUUCACCUGGGAGAAGUCCGAGGACAUUCCUGACGAGGACACCAACCUGACCGUCUUUAACAAGGGCAACGUCAUGCCAUCCACCAAGAUCCUCACCUUCUACCGGAAACACCCAUUCGACCUUGAGGCCAGGUAUGCUAAGCCAGAACAACUACCAGGAAAGAUGAACCCCUGGAUCGGCCGCUUCUCCGUCAAGGGCGUCAAGGAGGACCCCAAGGGCGACUUUAUGAUUUGCAAGCUCAAGGCACGCCUCAACCUUCACGGUGUGCUCAACGUCGAGUCUGGAUACUACGUCGAGGAGACUGAGGUCGAAGAGCCAAUCCCAGAGUCUCCGUCGGCAGAGAAGAAAGAGGGUGAUGCAAUGGAUGUCGACAAAGACGCUCCCAAGGAGCCCCCCAAGAUGCGCAAGGUCAAGAAGCAGCAGCGCAAGGGUGAUUUGCCGUUGUCAGCCGGUACCGCUUCGCUCGACGAGGUCAGCAAGCAAACCGCAGCGGAGCGUGAGAACUCGAUGAUCAUGGAGGACAAGCUCGUUGCCGACACGGAGAAUGAGAAGAACAACCUUGAGAGCUUCAUCUACGAGCUCAAGGACAAGAUUCUUGACGUAUACGCCGAGUUUGCCAGUGACGACGAGAAGGCCAGGCUCAACGCCAAGCUCGAGACUAUCGAGGAGUGGUUAUACGACGAAGGCGAUGAUGCGUCAAAGGCACAGUACGUCUCCAAGAAGGAAGACAUCCGCGCCAUUGCCGGCCCCAUCAUCCAGCGCUACAACGAUAAGAUCGAGGGCGAGCGACAAGCCGCCAUGGAGAAGCACCAAAAGGAGCACGCCGCCAAGCAAGCCGAGCUCGAACGCGCGAAGCGGGAAGCCGAAGCCAGGAAGCAAGAGCAGGCGCCACCUGCGGAAGACUCAAAGGACACUGAGAUGGCCGACGCCGAAGGCCAAAAGCCAGACGGUGUUGAAGAAACUUCUUGA